UACCGGGUAUCUCGUCAAGUUGUUUGAGAUGGCAGAAGACGGGAAGUUCCGAAUUGAGAAGUUCGAUGGUACAGAUUUCUGUUGGUGGAAGAUGCAAAUUGAAAAUUUGCUGGUUCAGAAAGAUUUGGAGGUGGUAUUGGGUGACAAGCCAGAAAAGAUGUCAGAUGCAGAUUGGGCAGGGUUGGAUCGGAAAGCAAUGUCCGUGAUCUGUCUCUCGUUGACCAAGAAUGUUGCGUUCAACAUUCUGAAGGAGAAGACAACGAAGGGAAUUAUGGACGCGAUGUCUAACAUGUACGAGAAGCCAUCUGCAGCGAACAAAGUUUUUCUGAUCAGAGAGCUGGUGAACACAAAAAUGAAAGAAGGCACUUCAGUUACCGAGCAUAUCAACAAGCUGAAUUCGAUCUUAGCCAGACUUUUGUCAGUGGGCAUUAAGUUCGAUGAUGAAGUUCAAUCUUUACUACUGCUAUCGUCUUUACCUGAUAGUUGGUCCGGAACGGUUACUGCAGUUUCCGGUUCAGUGGGACUCGAUGGAUUCACCUUUGAUCAGAUUCGAGAUCUCGUUCUUGGCGAGGACGUCAGAAGAAAGAGUUCCGGAGAAUCAUCUGGUGAAUUGCUUCAUAUUGGUAGAGGCAGAAGAAAUAGCAGAGGUAGUGGGAGCACGAAUAGACGAAGGAGUCAGUCGAAGACUCGAGAUAGCUCAGGUGUAACGUGCUGGAAGUGCAAGGAGGUGGGGCAUUUUAGGAAUCAAUGCCUGAAUGAUAAUAAAGUGAACAUUGCUAAAAGCUCUGCGAGUGACGAGGAAGUCACUCUGACUUGCUUUGAGGAAAGCAAUGUGGAUUCCUGGGUCAUGGAUUUUGGUGCUUCAUUUCAUGCCACCCACAGCGGUGAAGCAUUGCAGAAUUUGGUUAUUGGGGACUUUGGAAAGGUACGACUAGCGGACGACAGUGCUCUUGAUGUGACGAGCAUGGGUGACAUAGUGUUGAUGACCCCAGUCGGUUUCUGGACUUUGAAGGAUAUCAGAGUUGUUCCAGCCUUGAAGAAAAGUUUGAUUUCUGUCAGGCAGUUGGAUGAACAGGGACAUGAGGUGAAGUUCAGAGAUGGGCAGUGGAAGGUCGUGAAGGGAAAUCUUGUCAUGGCCCGUGGAAAGAAGAGAGGUUCGCUGUAUAUGAAGAAGGUUGUUUGUGCAAGAGAGAAACCUAGAGCCACUGGUCAGACUCAGGAUGAACGAGCGAGAAAAGGUUCAAGGAGGCCAGUCAGAGGUAUUUGUGGCAGUGGGAGCUCAAGAGGCGCUUCAGCCAAGUUGCCUAGAAGACAGUGGGUCAGGAGAACCAGUAUUACAGCUGUUGGAACAUCUCCAGAAAAUUUCUUGCUGAGUAUGGAGAGUGUUUGUUCUCAGGAUGUUUCAGGAUCCGGCAGUGUGCGUCUGCAGUGGGAGCCGGUAGGGACCGAGGACGAGUUAUGGGCAGAUUUAGCCGUGACUGAUGUGUUGGAGCUUGGGAGAGCUUCAACGGGCCCUUCAGUUGUCUGAUGAGAGGGCCGCUGCAACAAGAGAGCUGGGGAAGAUUACUCGAUGUACAGGCAAUCGUGGUGGAUGACAGUUGAUGAUUAUCAAGCCUCCAAGUGGGAGAAUGUUGGGUUUGUGGAGGCUUGGGCUUGACUUGUUUGUCGGCCCGGCCCAGUUGUGCGUAAGCCUAGCUAUUUCCCUAU